ACUACCGAAGUCGGGAAGUCGCGUACGCCAUCGCAUCGAUCGCGUCGAACUCCACUUCGUGCUCCGAAACUCGCCCGCUGAUCAAACGUCAUCUGACAAUCUCGAAAUUUCCCCAAUCUCGUCCUUCCGUUCACCAAAGUGUUGACCGCGCGGAGAGAACCAGAAACUGCAGAGUUCUCCAAUAUUUCUCCGGACGCUACGUGAAGAAACGCACCACCGCGCUUUCUUCUGCUCAGCGAGACGCACACAACACGACAUUGCUUGCGCCUUUCAUCGCGUAGACGUAGAGAAGACUGCACAGUGCGCGAUUUUUGUCCUCCACGAGAACGAUAGAUUGUGAAUCACUGAAAUAUCGGGAGAUUCUCGGUUGAGAGAAGUCCAUUUCUCGCACUCCGCGCGUUUCCGGUCGACCGUGUGAACGACGCGACCGCGAGCACUCCACGGGAACUAUAGCGGUUCCAAAGAAUUCCGCCAAACAGGCGGUCGUGUCUUACUCUCAUCUUAAGAAGACACACGCGGAGGACACGGAUCGAAAAGCGAACUCGAAUUCCCGCGGUUCGCCCUGGCGAACGGACGCACAAACGAUGUUGAUACUUCCAGACAUAAAGCUACAGGGUUCGGAUCCGAGGGUAGCGACCUGCAGAGGAAAGCUGCAGAACAAGCGAAGUAAGCUCAAUCAAGAGAUCAACAAGGAGCUACGGUUGCGAGCGGGCGCUGAGAAUCUUUUUAAGGCGACGACCAACAGAAAAUUGAAAGAGACCGUCGCAUUGGAGUUAAGCUUUGUCAACUCGAAUCUGCAGUUGUUGAAGGAACAGCUUGCCGAGUUGAACAGUUCAGUGGAACUGUAUCAAAAUGUCGAUGGCGCUGAGCCCGUUAUGCCGAUGAUACCAUUGGGACUCAAAGAGACCAAAGACAUUGACUUUCGGGAUCCGUUUAAAGAUUUCAUCUUGGAGCAUUAUAGCGAAGAUGGGGAAAACUAUGAAGAAGCUAUAGCUGACUUGAUGGAAACCAGACAGGCUACAAGGACACCGACCAGAGAUUCAGCAGGCAUCGCGUUACUCCUGCGUUAUUAUAAUCAGCUUUAUUUCAUAGAGAGACGUUUCUUUCCACCUGACAGAAGCCUUGGCAUCUAUUUUGAAUGGUUCGAUUCGUUGACAGGAGUGCCGAGUUGUCAACGAACAGUUGCCUUCGAGAAGGCAUCCAUUCUUUUUAAUGCCGGUGCGCUUUAUACGCAACUGGCUGCCAAGCAGGAUCGUCUGACUGCUCGAGGACUCGAUCAAGCAGUCGACGCUUUUCUCAGAGCGGCUGGCACCUUUCGGUAUAUCCAUGAGAAUUUCACAAAUGCACCAAGUAUGGAUUUGGGCCCAGAUAUGCUGGAGAUGUUGGUACAGUUGAUGCUUGCUCAGGCAAGGGAGUGUCUCUUUGAAAAACUGGAGCUUCAAUCGAAGGACAGCAGAAACGUCGACGUUUGUUUAGAUCUUGCUCAAGAGGCAGCUCAGGUUGCGGCGAUAUACAAUGACGUCCACGGAUUGAUAUCACGCGAGCCAGUUCGUGAUUACGUCCCGGAGACGUGGAUCUCAUUGAUACUAGUGAAGCGCGAACACCAUCUUGCCCUCGCUCACAAGCAUAUCGCUGUUGGUCUGCUGGACAGACCAAUCGCUGAAUUUCGCGUGGAAACAAAGCUCACGUUGGAGCAUAUUCAAAAGAGCGACGGGAAAACUCAAUUGGACGCAACUAUUCCCAGAGAUGACAACGAAAGGAAAUUAUUGGGCAAAGCACAUCUCAGAGAAGCUCUUGUUUUGCAUGACGAGAGUCAACGGCUCCAGAGAAUGUGCCGCGAGUUGAAGGGUAAACAAGCUCUAGCGAAGGUUCUGAAGAAAGCUCAAGAAGCAACGCUUGAAAGUUAUAAUAGGUUUGGUAAUGAGGAUGAUUUUCGAGAACUUUUGGAUCCACCGGAUAUUAUCGCCUCGACAAAAUUUCAACUUAGUAUCACUCAUCCUGAUUUUGGACAGCACGGAGUGGACGACCUUUUCAAGUCGUUGGGACCUGUAGCGAUAUUUUCUGCCAAACGUCAUUGGACCGCGCCGCGAUUGAUACAACUUCAAAGAGGCCCUGACGGUGAAGGUUUUGGAUUUAGUGUACGGGGUGAUGCUCCGGUGAUAGUAGCAGCCGUCGAUCACAAUUCACUAGCAGAUGUGGGCGGAAUGAAGGAAGGUGAUUUCAUAGUCGGCAUCGGCGAAAAAGACGUCAAGUGGGCAUCCCACGAGCAAGUCGUGCGGAUGAUAAAACAAUGCGGUGACUUUAUAAAUUUGAAAUUAGUCACCCCAAUGGAUAGGAAUUAUCUAAAGAAACCAGGAAAACCCAACAAUCAUCACGAUAAGGGCAGCGUCUCGGCGAGCAGCUCUUCUGGAGUUUCUUCCGGUCAACCGAGCCCGGCGGGAUCCGUCACUACGGCGCAUGUAGUGAGAAGGCUUCCGUGGAAUCCAUUUAAAAAAUCUGGCAUCCAACGCGAGAACAGAGAUCUAACCUUCGACAAUGUUAUUCUCAGAUGAUUACCGGAUUAGAAACAAUCCGGUCCAGUUAUUGUACAUUAUCGUAUGAGCUUAGAACAUGCUGCGAUGAAUUGAUCGAAAUAAAAAUCGAUCAAAAUUCACCGAUUGCCAAAAUUGAAUGUUGUUUGGCAUAAAUAACAAUUCACUAUGCAAAAAUUUCAUACCAAUACCGAUAAUAUUCCAUGUUAAACACAAUAAAUAUGUUUAUGUGUAAGAGGCUUUCUACAAUAAGCAAUUACUUAAGCUUUAAAUCU